AUGGCGGCUGAAGGAGAUGCCGACGUUCAACAGUACUAUGCCCUCGUCCUCAGUGAGAAACUCGUCUCUCUAUCAUGCGAGAAGUCCGCUGGUGCAGAAGGCAUUCGAAGGGCAAAGGGUGCCGCUAUUGUGCGCCUGCUGCGAUCUGUGCGGUGUGACAAGGCAGUGAUACGUUGCGGCGAGCCAGACGACGGCCUUUGGCUGGGAUCUGUUCUCACUGAAGCUGGUCUCACUCUAGCAGAUCUUGACAAGCCAUCUGGGCUGCCAGGCUCUGGCAAUCUGCUCGUAAAUUUGGAUGUUCCAAAUGAGGCGGCGUAUGUACAAGCCCUUGGACAGACAGACCUCUUGACACCCAGCCAUGCUCUUGUCACCUUCGUGACUCCUCUGGAGCUGGUCGAUCUGAAGGGCUACACUCAGCCAAAUCCAGAAGCAAAGAUCAAGCCUCUGCCUGAUGUGCUGCCUGGCCUGCAAGGAAAGCCGGGAGCAGAUCAGCAGCCAUCCUGUGCAGAGACAUUGGGUGUGACAGAUGCUCCUGCAUCAACAGCUCGGAGCAUGGAGCCCACAGAUCAGGCGCCGUGCGAAAACAAAGAGGAGAAUAUGGUAACACAAGUGCGUUCCGAGGAGCUCCAACAGAGGAAGCAGCGGCUGCUGCAAGCCGUCAGUCAGCUUCUGCGCCCUCAGAAUGGCUCUGCUCAUGCAGCAACGAUCCCAGCCGGACUCCAGAACGGCAAUCAGAACGGCCAUGACAUGCCGGCAGUGGAUCCCGUCAUCACAGAAGCUGCCUCCGAAGAUGAUUUGCCCCCACCACCGCCCCUCGGAUCUCCCAGCGCCUCACAAGCAGCCACAGUUCUUCCCACCUCCCGCUCAGGCAUUAUCACCGAAGCAGACGUCCCAGUGACUGAAGCACAUCCAGCCUCAGCAGCAGUGGAGCAGAAAGGAAUGGGGAUGGAUAUGUCUCCCGGGGCGUUCCAGGCCAGCGCGGAAGGCGCCGGAAGGCGGGGAAGGCAGCGCUCGGCGCAGGAGGCAGCUGCUUGGAAGGAAGAGCAGCAAGAGCUGGCGCUGGAGCGCGCCAUCCUGGAGAUUCACUGGCAGCAGGCUGAAGCCGAGCAGGACUCGGUCUACCUUGAGGAGGCUGAUGAUGCAGAUCUGGCAGAGGAUGCCGAGCUUGAGGAGGGUGAGCUGGCCGGCCAGGCAAUGGAGAGUGCAGAAGACCAGCCAGCUCCUGCAGCAGGAACGGACGCAGCCUGGUAUCAGCACCUACCGCCCUUCUAUCAGCAGUGGGGGCGCGCGGCCACCGGCAACGCUUCUGCAUCCGCCGAUGCCGGGGUGCAAGCAGAUGAAGGCGUAGGCCCAGGCCAGGGCAACAAGUCCAGCGGCCAGGCCGCAGCGUGGGAGGACUGGUAUCGGCAGCAGGGCUAUGGGGGGCAGGACGCAUCUGCGCAGCAUGGCGGGGGGCAAGCAAGGGAGGGAACAGCCGAAGGUGGGUGGCAGCAGUGGCAGACCUGGCAGCAGCAGCAGAAUGGCAGCUGGGCGGGAGCAGCGCCGGACUGGAAUGCAGCGGGCCAGCAGGGCGCCACCACUGCAGGGCCCUUCCCAUGGGCAGCACAGGGGCAAGGACAGGAGGGACAUGUGUCAGUGCCUGCGGCGCUGCUGCAGCGGUACCAGAUGCUGGAGUGGGCGGAGUGGUGCCGGCAGUAUGAGCGCUGGCAGGCGGCCUAUGAGCAGUGGUACAGCUGGUGGUCCAGCGCCAUGUGGCAGGCCAGUGGGUACUAUGGCACCGGCAUGGGACCAGGACCAGAUGCCAGCGCCAGCUAG